UCUCGUCCAACGGGAUUCUAUUCGGCAGCAAUAAUCCAAGUACAACUCAGAUGAAGGCCGAUCAUUCAGCUCGCGCUAAGUCCUGUGGAAGGAGGAGGAUCCGGAGGAGAGCAUCCACGACGAUGGUUCGGGUCCAGGGCCGCUUCGUAGGGAUAGUUAGAGGGAUUAGUAUCCUAUGCCUCAUUGGUUUAUCCCUUUUAUGAACUGUUGAUAUCAUGUUGAUAUUCCUUAACGGAAAAACGUGUGUUCUGCAUUCAUACGAAAUCGCCUCAGGCUGCCACGGGAUCGUCAUAAGGUAGGUCGAACCGUUCCAUCCAGUACAUUCCUAUGUAUGAAGGCCGAGGACGUCCGUAUUCGCGUUAUGUGAGAAGCCCAACAAGGGAAAACCAUUACUUUCUAUCAUGCAGCGCCGAUGCUAUCAUCUGGGUUGAAACGAUAGCUCCUGACCGUAGCUAUCAAGCACUACCGAUCCUCGCGCGCCAGAUUACGGAACGGAUUCGCCUCAUCCUGCUCUUCCUCCUCCGCCGAAGGAAUCGUCCUUUUGACCCGGCACGGAGUCCCCACUGCCACAGAGAAGGGCGGAAUAUCCUUGGUGACGAUGGAGCCCGCGCCAAUCGUCGAACCCUGUCCGAUUCUGACACCAGGCAGAAUGACGACAUUCGCGCCAAUCCAGCAGUCAUCCUCGAUGAAGACGGGAUGGCCGAAUUCCACAAACUUCCGCCGCGACAGGAUACUCGUGUCGUGGCCGGCGGUGAUGAUGCUGACGUUCGUUCCUAUCUGGACCCGGUCACCAAUGACGAUGAGGCUGGUGUCCAGCACAGUGAGACUGAUCUGUCAGUCAGUCCAGCGUAUGCAACCAGUACGAAUCGCAGGACAUGGAGACAACGUACUUCCAAUUGACGAAACAAUCUCUGCCAAUACUGAUGUUACAUCCGUAGUCCGGCAUGAACGGCGGCUCGAUAAACGUUCCGUCACCCACCCUGCCGACCAGGCGCCGGAGCAGCUCAAGCCUCUUCUCGGCGAUCUGAUCGUAGGGCACUGUUUUCGUGUCCAGACUGUUGUAGUCGGCUGCUAGCCCGCGACACCGAUGCCGCGCCUCAA